CCUUAUCUCUACUUCUUCUUCUUGUCGCCGGCAUCUGGGUCGUACUUUUCCUUCCAGAUCCUAUUGGGUUUUGCGGGUGGUCAGCCUUGGGUACCACAGAGGAAAUUCUAGCCACGGGGUGAUGCCUGAUUGUGUGGGCAAUGGCGUCAGGAUCGCAAAGAUAGGGGGAAGAACAGGGCAAGCAGGCAGAAAGAAAUCGGGACGAAUUACGCCCCCGGGAAGCAGCAUCGAGUCUUUCGCGGGCGUUUCUGGGGAACGCGGCGCAGCGCAGGAGGGGCUUGCAGCGGCGGGUUACCGCGUGCAGCUCCGGGAAAGCUGACUGACACUGUCAUCCAAGAGGAUCGAAUGACAGGGCGAGCUUUCGCAUUUGGGGGGAGGCAGACAGGUUAAGAAAGCCUUGGGAGCCUAUCAAUACCGCAGCGCGCAAGUCAUCCGCGACAAGGGAGCUGCAGCUUUCCCCCUCCACCACCAGCGAUGCAUGCGCCGGAUCCAACUCUGGGGAAACCACCAACGAACCAGUGGAUAAGAAAGAAAGAAAGAAAGGAACAGACAGGCUCGACUUACCAUGAAUUGCCUAGUGUU